AGCACGACCCCCACUCCUCCGACAACCGGCCCCUUCGCCACUCUCACGUGAGGUCAAGUCUGAGCCCGCUGCGGCAAAACGUUUCGACGAGAUCCCGGCUGUGACGGUGCCGACGAUCCGUGCAGAUAUCCCGGGCUGGUGCUAAAGAUGCUUUUGUCCGGACGUCAUUCGCGGAGGUAACCCCGAGUGCCGUUGGCCCCUCUGCAUCCGUCGCGGGCGGGGAUGGCCAGCUGGAGCGCCCGCUGGGGGGCGUGCGUCUGUCUUCAGACUCUACUGGCUUUGGCUUUGGCCUCGGCCGGCUGUCCCUCGCUGGUCCCAAAGCCAGUCAACUUCUCCGUGGUUUACACCAUGCCUUUUUUCCAAGCCCGCGGCCCUAUCCAGAACAUUGUCAACAACUCCUUGUACCAGGAGGUGUACGUAGCCUCGCAAAAUGUGAUCGAAGCCGUCAACAGAAGCUUGGAGAAGACGUGGGGACUUCGUACCGGGCCGGUGGGAAGUCCGGAAUGUCAGGUUUGUGACCUGUGUCAGAUCGACAGAGACCCCAACUUCCUGGAGGACACCGACAAUCAGGUGUUGUUGUUGGACACCCUCUUCAUGUAUUUGUAUUCCUGCGGCAGUUCCCAGUAUGGCGUUUGCUAUUUCCACCAACUCCACGGCGACGGAGAGCCCCCAUCUAUUUCCAAGUGUUUGUUUCGAGCUCAUUCAAACUCUGCCGCCUACUGCCCCGACUGCGUCGCCAGCCCGCUUGGUACCAAAGUCACCAUGGUGGAGGAGGGUCAGACGGUCUACUUCUUUGUCGCCGCGACUGUGAAUGAAAGUGUGACUCAGCGCUACGGGAGGAAGUCGAUAUCCGUGCGGCGACCGCUGGCGACGGAAGACGGCUUCUACAGCGACGUUCGUGGCCUGACCGUCCUUCCCGGUCUGAGGAGGACUUUCCACAUUGACUACGUCUACAGCUUUUUCACUCAGGAGUUUGUGUAUUUCGUGGCAGUUCAGAGAGAGAGCCCGGACCAGGAAUCGUCCCCCUUUCAAACGCGACUCGGCCGUCUCCCGCGCAAUGAAUGGGAGAUGAAGCGAUAUCGGGAGGUCAUCCUGGAGUGUCGUUUUGAACCGAAACGGCGGCGCAGGAACGCGGUCAACGAACCCUACAAGGAUGUGGUGUACAAUGUUGUUCAGGCGGCGCAUUUCGGCAAAGCCGGCAGGGAGCUGGCCGAAGAGUUGGGCGCCGAGGAGGAGGACGAUAUCCUCUAUGGGGUCUUCGCUGUCACGGAUGACAACGGCGUCGCGGAGCACGAUUCGGCCCUGUGCGCCUUCCCCAUGGACAACGUCAAUGAGGCCAUCGCGGACGGGGUGGAUGACUGCUGUGAAUCUGGACCCGAGCAACUUUCCAGGGGACUUUGCCACUUCCAGCCCUGUGAAAGCUGUCCUCAUGAGAGCAUGGAGAACAACGCCACAUGCAGAGACCAUCCAACCAUGGUUUCCCAGCCCUACUACAGAGUGGACCUCUUCAACCGCCAGAUGACAAACGUCCUUCUCACCUCCCUGUUGGUGACCACGAUUGACAACAAGACCGUUGCCCACAUUGGUACGUCCACGGGUCGGCUGCUGCAGUUGGUGCUGACAAGAUCCAGUCCGAUUGUCUUUGCGAAUUACUCUUUGGCGGAAAACCAAAGGAUCUCAUCCAUUGCUGCCGUCUACUCAUCCGAGUAUCUCCUGUUUGUGGUUGGAGACAAGAUGUUUCAGGUCCCCCAGAGAGGGCCGGGCUGUCAGCACUUUCUGACUUGCGCCACGUGCCUGACGGCCCCCAAGUUCAUGGGCUGCGGCUGGUGCUCGGGGGUGUGUUCGUGGGAGAGCGAGUGCUCGAGCCACUGGAGGAACGAGUCCUGCCCCCCACGCAUCGCCGGGUUCUUUCCACGGACUGCUCCCCCCGAUGGUCAAACAGAGUUAACAGUGUGUGGAUGGGAGUUCCAGUCACCCCUCAGGCCCGCUAUCACCUCCAGAACCCACCAGGUUAGACUGGGACAGACAUCAUGCAUUGUGCUCCCUCUCAAGAGUAACAACACACACUUGGUGUGUAAGAUUCGCUCCGUGGCCACCGACCUGUCAAAAGCAGUUAACGUUACAGUGGAAGUACGUGAGGGCGAAGGAGGCAUGAAGGUGGAGGGACGCUACGCCAUUGACGGGAAGGCAGAAAUGCCGGGCUUUACAUUUCUGACACCCAACAUCACUGAGAUCCAGCCCAACUAUGGGCCUCGCAUCGGGGGCACGUUGAUCACCGUGACUGGAGCUCACUUGGAUGCCGGAAGGACAAGGAGAGUCACGCUCAAUGAUGUGCCCUGUCCGAUCAAAAGAGUCACGAAGCCGAAAGGCAAUAUGUCCUCCAUCAUCUGUCUGUCCCAGCCCAUCUCAGAGGCGAGGGACGUACCUCUCAGUGUCUUCAUCGACAAGUCUUCUGUCAUCACGACAAAGGUUUUCUACUACAAAGAAAAUCCCAAAAUCACGGCUGUACUGCCUGACUGCAGCUUUGACAGGGGCUCAAAUAUUUUGAUUGAAGGAGAGAACCUGGAUUCCGUUUAUCGUACCAUCAUCCACUUUAAACCCAACGAGAGCCACCUGAAGCCUGUGACGAGGGAGUGCACUGGCAAGGCCUUGUCCACAAGGAUGGUGUGUGUCACUCCCGUGUUUCCGAGGGAUGAGACAGAGGAAGGAGAGCUUUCCUUCGACAUGGACGGAGCCAUGGGACUUUGGAACAAAGAGUUUUCCUACCACCCUUAUGGCAAGCCGAUACCGUUUGAAACGGAGGGACAUGAGCUGCAUUUGUACCCGGGCUUUGAUGAAGUUUCGCUCCAUCAUCAGAAAUUAAACCUGGUCAGCUCCUGUAUGACCAUCGUGAUGACGGUGGCGGGUGUUGAUUGCGACGCCAAAGUCCUGGAUAAUGAGAUCACCUGCCGGAUACCCAAAAAUGUAACCGUGCCUCGUGAGGGACUGCCCGUGAAGAUCUCCAUCAAUGGGCAGGUCCACAAUGUGGGCACGGUAAUAAGGGUCAGCAACCACUACAUGGUGGGCAUCGUGCUGGGGAUCCUCGCAGCUCUGGUGGCCGGGGCAGCGCUGGCGUUCGCUGUCAUGAAGCACUUGAGGAAGAAAAAGAAAGCUGCCACGGUGGAGAGCCGCUUGGCCCACAGCGCUAGCCGUUCCGGGACAAAUAAUGUCGACUUGUCACCGGUCGGGGACUACAGGAGAGUCAUAUCCCUGAAUCCGCCGACUCCCGUUGCUGGGCCUGUGGCCUUCCCCAGCCCGUCCUACGCUGCGGGCAGCAUCGACGUUACUCUCACUCCUCUAAUGGCUGCGGAGAAAAUUUCCAUUUCCAGUUUUAGGCCGGAGCUAUUGGAGGAGGUUAAGGAUGUCCUGAUUCCUGCUGAAAUGCUCCUUGUGCAACACCAUCGAAUCAUUGGCAAGGGUCAUUUUGGAACCGUCUAUCAUGGCUACUUCACGGACCAGAGCCACAGAGAAAUACACUGCGCUGUCAAGUCUUUGAACAGAAUAACAGAUGUUGAGGAGGUGGAGCAGUUUUUGAAGGAAGGGAUCAUCAUGAAGGGCUUCCAUCACAUCAAUGUGCUGUCUCUGCUGGGCAUCCUCCUGCCGCGAGAAGGACUCCCCCUGGUGGUUCUGCCUUAUAUGAAACACGGCGACCUGCGCCACUUCAUCCGCUGCGAGAAGAGGAACCCCACCGUGAAGGACCUUAUUGGCUUCGGACUGCAGGUUGCCAAGGGGAUGGAAUAUUUGGCUCAGAAGAAGUUUGUCCACAGAGAUCUCGCCGCACGCAACUGCAUGCUGGAUGAGUCUUACACCGUCAAGGUGGCAGACUUCGGCAUGGCCAGAGAUGUUUUCGACAAGGAGUACUACAGUAUUCAAGACCACAGAAAAGCUAAACUGCCCGUCAAAUGGAUGGCUAUCGAGAGUCUACGCACGCAGAAGUUCACUUCUAAAUCUGAUGUGUGGUCUUUUGGCGUGCUGAUGUGGGAGAUGCUGACUAGAGGAGCAAGCCCGUACCCAGAAGUGGACCCUUACGACAUCACACACUACUUAUUGAAGGGCAGGCGGCUUCCCCAGCCUCAGUAUUGCCCUGACCCUUUGUACAGCAUUAUGCUCGAGUGUUGGGACCCCGAUCCGGAACUGAGGCCUAACUUUGCUACAUUGGUGUCGGCUGUUACCACCAUCCUCUCCAGCCUCGAGGGAGAACACUAUAUCAGUCUGAAUGUCACAUAUGUCAACCUGGACCAGCCCAGGCCAUACCCAGCGCUCACCGAGUCUGCUGACGAAUACGACUCCACGGACACUGAAAGUCACUCGGGCUCAACCUCCUCCUGAUCCAUUACCUUCAAAUUGUUGUCAGUUCUUAACACAACAGGACAAACACUCCAUUCGAGUGUGGUUCACCCAAAAGCAGCUCCUGCACCAACACUCCAUCCGUGCAACGGUCCAUCAUGUGUGUUCCCAGCAGUCUUUGUGGUACAGUAAAAAAAA